UUGGUGUGACGUAUAAUCUAGUGGACGGAACGCUUCUUUCAACAGCAGCAACAGUUAGUCAGACACCUCCGUAGCUUGCUAGACAAAAUAAACGAACCAAUAAAACUCUGUUGAUGCUUUAGUGUUUAUUAGCCACUGUGUUUUAAACCCACUUCUGUCGUCUAGUUAGUUAUCCGAUUUAAUUUAAUAUUUACGAUGUUAUUGGUCUGCUCAUGGCAAUUUAGAUUGCUGCUCAUUCAUUAGCCUAGCUAGUUAGCUAACAUCCACGACCAUGAGUUCACUAAGCUACUCUCCUCCUGCAAGAGGAGAGGAGGUCAGCUGGACGGAGAAAGAGGGUCUGUGGCUGAACGUUGUCGUAAAAGAGGAGAAAAAAGAGGAGGCUGUUACCGUGAAAGAGGAAGAGAAAGACCUUUCAGUUAAAGAAGAGGAAGACACGUUCAGAGUGAAAGAGGAGGAGGAUGUUACAGUAAAAGAAGAGGAGAAAGAGAGAGAGGAGGAUGCAGUUUUUGGAGUGAAAGAGGAGGAGGGGGAGAUGACUGUCACAUUGAAAAAGGAGGAGGAAGAAGAGGAGGAAACUGGAUAUCUGGGCCCGGUUUCCCAAACGCAUCUUAAGGCGUCAGAUGGUAACGAUGAACUUAGUCAUAAAAUGGUUUUGGGAAACCGGGCCCUAAUUAACACUAGAGAGAGACAUGAUGAUCGUGGAUCCUCUGGGGAGCCUCAACAACAUCAUGAAGCUGAAGAGGCAGAGGAGAGUUUUUCCACAUCAGAACAUCUCAAUAAACAGAAGCGGAAACGCACAGGGAAGAAACCUCACCACUGCUCUGACUGUGGGAAGAGAUUCACAUCUUCAGCAGACCUCAAAAGACAUCAGAGAAUCCAUACAGGAGAGAAACCUUAUAGCUGUGAUCAAUGUGGGAAGAGAUUUACUGAUCUAAGCAGCCUGAAAAGACACCAAAGAAUUCACACGGGAGAGAAACCUUAUAGCUGCACUGACUGUGGGAAGAGUUUUAAUGUUCCAAGCAGCCUGAAAACACACCAAAGAAUUCACACGGGAGAGAAACCUUAUAGCUGUGAUCAAUGUGGGAAGAGUUUUGUUUCAUCUAGCCAGCUGACUUUACACCAGAGAACACACACAGGAGAGAAAUGUUAUAGCUGUGAUCAAUGUGGGAAGAGUUUUGUUUCAUCUAGCCAGCUGACUGCACACCAGAGAACACACACAGGAGAGAAAUCAUAUAGCUGUGAUCAAUGUGGGAAGAGAUACUCUGGUAAAAGAUCUCUGAUUAGACAUCAGAAAAUACAUGAAGGAGUUGUUCCAUGAUAUCAAUAAAAUGUCAUAAUGUAGAACCCUAAA